AUACAAAACUGACACAAGCACGGUGGGGAAUUAUUCGGAGUUGCGAGAGAGAGAGAGAGAGAGACAGAGAGAGAGAGAGAGAUGGGGAAGAGCAGAAUACUUAUAAUCGGAGCGACAGGAAAGCUUGGCUACAAUUUGGCCAAAGCCAGCCUUGAAUUCUCUCACCCAACAUUUGCUCUCGUAAGAGACUCUGCCUUCUCUGACCCCCUCAAAUUUCACAAGCUCGAGUUCCUCUCCAAUGCCGGAGCCACACUCCUCAAGGGCUCGCUGCAAGAUGAAGCGAGCCUCGUGGAGGCGAUAAAGCAAGUGGAUGUGGUCAUUUGUGCUAUUUCUUCUAAACAAGUUCUCGAUCAGAAGCUUCUUAUUUCUGCCAUCAAACAAGCUUGCUCCAUUAAGAGGUUCAUUCCAUCAGAAUUCGGAUUAGACCCAGAUAAGGUUCAAAUAUCAGACAUGGACUACAACUUCUAUUCACAGAAAGCUGAAAUUAGACGUCUUGUGGAAGCUGAAGGCAUUCCCUACACUUACAUUUCAUGCAACUACUUUAUGAGCUUUUUACUUCCUUCGCUUGUUCAACCUGACCUAGAGACUCCUCCAAGGGACAAUGUUACCAUAUUUGGUAAUGGAAAUACUAAAGGUGUAUUCGUUAAGGAAAGUGAUGUUGCUACCUUCACAAUCAGUUCAGUGGAUGAUCCACGCACAUUGAAUAAGGUGUUGUAUUUGAGGCCCCCUGGAAAUGUACACUCCAUGAAUGAGCUGGUUGCGAUUUGGGAGACUAAAAUUGGGAAGAAGCUCAAGAAGAUAUAUGUACCAGAAGAAGAGCUUCUUAGGAAAAUUAAAGAGGUCCCAUAUCCUGACAACAUGAAAAUGAUUUUCAUAUAUUCUACUUUCGUAAAGGGUGAUCAUACAUACUUUGAUAUCGAGUCAUCUGGCGGUGUUGAUGGGACAAAACUGUAUCCACAGCUGAAAUACACUACGAUCAGUGAAUUUUUAGACACCCAAUUGAUCGGAGCGGGGACGAGAAAUGUGAGCACCUCUUCAGUAUAGAUAUGGGUGACAAACUUCCCCCAUUUUAGGGAAAUAAUUAAUAAUGACAGUCUACAAACACCCGGUCCUCCGAGAAUGAGCCUAUAGCCCAGAAAAUUCAGAUUCGUCUGUAAAACCACUCAUAUCUCCCGUUUUGGGGAACACUUCAGCCUGUUUGGUUUAAGGAAGAAUUUGAACCCCAAGUGCAUUUCCGUCAUUGACAAAGCUGAACAGUCAAGAGAGUCUCCACCCAUUAACACGUGCUCAUGAAAACUCUGAGCUUCUCUUUUACAACGUAUCUGACACUAUUCCCUUUAACUCUCUCCUUGCAAAAGGUUUUACAAUGGUAGCUAAAAGCAAGAUCCUGUUCAUUGGAGGAACAUGAUGCAUCGGAAAAUUCGUUGGGGAAGCAAGCUCUAAGGUCCGUCAUGGUUUAUAGAAAAUAAGCUGCUAUGCUACUUUAAUAAGUUAUGGAGACGAUUGGCACAUGGCAGUGUGUCACACAUCUGUAAUAGCGACAGUAGGGACCAAAGUCAUAGUGGGCUAAGGUUUGGGUAUUAUGAGUUUAGUAGAUGGGCUCAACCCGUGGGUUAAGUGUUGGCUUGUGGUCAUCUCUUUCAUUUGCAUGUUAUUGUUGACUGGGCUAUGGCCCACUUCCUACAUCGAUAGAUUUGUUAGACUUAUGUCAUUUUACUUUUGUUUUAGGUGUUGGCCCGUAGCCCAUAAGUUAGUUAAGGGUCUGUUAUUAUAUGUAGGGAACGUCCCUCUUGUGAGGAUAAGCAGAAUCUGAAUACAAUUUUGUUUCCCUUUUUAUCCUCCUCUUCUUCUCUAUUGGAGGUUGCUCCCCUCGAAGUGAGCCAUUUCUCAGUGCAUUUUUAUCAA